CUAAUGUAAAAUUACUUAUUAAUUUUAAUAUUAAUUUUAUUUUGUGUUAUGUUCUACACAAUUCAAAACAUAUUGUCCUAAUUAAAAUAUUUAUUAAUCUAAUCUACAUGAAAAUGAGGAAUCAAUCAGAUUAUGAUUUAGAUUAAUUUCUCUUUAACGUGAUAUUUUGAAUGAGAUUUUGAAUGAGGUGUGAAUAAUUCUAGCAACUCUUGACGUGUAUUCCUAUCGUUGAACGUGAAUGAUUAAAUUCCGAAGAUAAGCAAUUUUUUGUAAUAAGAGAUCGUGUCCAGUGAUAGUGAUGCCAGUGUUUGCAUAAUACCGAUUUGAUGAUUUAGCGAUAAAUCGUUACCUCAGCUUUCAAUGCUGGUUGAUUGUGUACAUGUGUGUGUACAUACAGUGAAUAAAUCUCAGUGUUGAUGAGUUGAUUUUAUUCUUUCGACAUUUGUGAUUAAAUUUGCACUCUAACACGACAAGAAAUAACAAACGUCUUAAUGUGUUUCUCUCUGGAUAAAGUUAAAUUUAUGAUUUCAAACUUUUUUUUUCAGAAGAUAUUUUUUAAUUCGCGCGGUAAACUCAAUUGCAUUGAUCUUGUUAUGUAAUUCUGUUAUUCUUGAAAGACUUGAUCUGAAAGAAACUAUCCGGAAAAUUAUCCCGACGAUUCUUUUUAUACUGAUACUUUUUAUAUUUUUUAUACAAGUGCUGGAUAAAAUGCUUCGCGGAUUAAAGUGAAGCGAUUUGCAGAUGCAAAUGUGAAUAAGCAAAGAACUCGGUCGUGUGUCACAAACAGAUCCGUUUUUCGCUUCCUUUUCUCUACUUACUAUUUUUCCUCGUCACAAGUGUACUACAUCGUUUUGUGUGUAGAUUUGCAAACUAUUUCACCAGUGAAUCUCGAGGAAUCCACGCUGUCUUUGCUAUUUUUUUUUUGUGUCAAGGUGUCAGUCGAAGACUUGAGUAGAUGAUAUGGGAAAAUUUUCGUGGUACGAGAAGAAUAAAUGCGGUGAUUACGUCAAACGAAGAUUUCCGGUACUCACUUGGCUUCCGCGAUAUCGACCCACGUGGAUCUUGCAGGAUGCACUUGCAGGAAUCACGGUCGGUCUCACUGCAAUCCCACAGGGCAUCGCUUACGGUAUCGUCGCCGGUUUAAGUGCAGAGUAUGGACUGUAUGCAGCAUUUAUGGCAUCAUUUAUAUAUAUUAUUUUUGGUUCUUGCGAAAACAUCACUAUUGGUCCAACAGCUAUUAUGGCUACCAUGGUUCAACCGUUAGUUGCAAAAUACGGUGCUGACAUGGCUAUAUUAAUCGCUUUUUUAAAAGGAUGUAUUAUUAUGCUUCUAGGAGUUUUUCAUUUAGGAUUUCUACUGGACUUUAUAUCAUUACCGGUAAUUACUGGCUUUACAUCAGGCGCGGCGAUUAAUAUAGCGUCUUCACAAUUUAAGUCGCUUCUAGGCAUUGCUGGUAGAAGUGAGAGUUUUUUGGAUUCUCUGAUAAUGAUCUUCAAAAAUCUCUAUCAGAUCCGGUAUCAAGAUACUUUGCUAGGAAUUGGGACUAUCGCUAUAUUAGUUUUGCUCAAGAAUAUACCAGGACGGCGUACAGGAAAUAUUUUACAAAAAAUGGGAUGGCUUCUUGCUUUGUCUCGUAAUGCAUUAGUCGUAAUUAUUGGUACUGUUAUGGCGUACAUUUUUUACAUUAACAAACAAAAUCCUUUCCAGUUAACAGGUGCGAUCGGUCAGGGUUUACCACCAUUUGCUUCUCCACCGUUUUCCACAACAUUUCAAAAUCGUACGUACAAUUUUUUGGAAAUGACCACCGCAAUGGGAACGACAUUGUUCACGAUACCGAUUCUGUCGACCAUCGAGCACAUAGCCAUCGCAAAAGCCUUCGCGAAAGGCAAAUCUUUGGAUGCCACGCAGGAAAUGAUCGCCCUAGGUGUCUGCAAUAUUUUUGGAUCGUUUGUCCGUUCGAUGCCAGUUACGGGAUCAUUCACAAGAACAGCCGUCAAUCAUGCAUCGGGUGUGAAAACCCCAUUGGGAGGAAUAUUUACAGGCUGUUUGGUAAUUCUCGCUCUUAGUCUAUUGACUUCUACCUUCCGUUUCAUACCUAAGGCAACGCUGGCGGGUCUCAUAAUAUGUGCCAUGUAUUACAUGCUUGAUUUUUCGACAUAUGCCUUAUUGUGGCGUGCCAGAAAGAUAGAUUUUUUUGUGAUGCUGCUGACAUUAGUCCCAUGUGUUUUUCUCAGUUUGGAGUAUGGUAUCUUAAUCGGCAUCGUUGUCAAUCUUAUAUGUUUAUUAUAUUAUUCAGCACGACCUUCCAUUAAUAUGAAUAUUGAACAGAUUGAAGGGGAAACCGUAAUAGUUGCCAUACCCGAAGAGACGAUAGCUUUUCCAGCGGCAGAACGAUUGCGUUCUAACAUAAUGAAACUUUCUGGAGAAAGUGAAUGCAAUGUAAUACUUGAUUGUAAAAACUUGAAGAGAAUCGAUGUUACGGUUGCUAAGAAUGUCAAGCUUCUGGCAAAGGACCUUUCAGUACGUGGACAAAGCAUUGUUUGCAUUAAUUGCUGUGAAAAUGUGCAUGCUAUUUUGAAGAUUGUAGCGCCGGAAUUAUUAAACGUCAAGGAAGAUGAGGAGCUGUGUGCACAAGAAAUGCUGAGAAAAAAAGAAGCAAAUAUACAUAUGUAUAUUUACCGUAGGGAAGACAUGUGGAACAUCGAGGGAGAAAAUUAUUGAUUUUUAACACUAAACAAUCCUUGUAUUUGAUAAAAAAAUAUAUUUAAAGAUAAAUAAAAAAAAAAUGGAAAUCAAGAAUGAAAAUGAAUCGAAAGGAAAUGUAUAAUAACAAUCUCAAAGUGCAACAUGCAACAAGCACAUUACAAUACAAUAUGUCAUCAUGUUCCUUUAAAAAAUGUACAUUUUAAAUGAUAAUUCUUUACGCAUAUUUAAAGAGGAAAUGUUCGAACAACAA